GCCAAAGGGAGGGCUGCGCGCCCGGCGGGCGUGUAGUCGGGGCCGCAGAGACGGCUCCGCAGCUGCCGGAAGGCCAGUCCCCGGGCCGCGGCCGGAGACUGUCUCUUAUUGCUGGCUGGACACCUCCGCCUGGCUGAGCCUAGCCAUCCCUCAGGAUCUACCUCCCUCAGCCCGGGUUGGGCUGACCUCACAAAUGCCACUACUCGGGGUCGCCCUCAACUGUGUCUCCGGGAGGGGUAGGCCGAGGAGACUGCCCUUCCCGGAACUCCCCGAGAGCGAGAGCUCCGAGCGCCCGGAAACUACAAUUCCCAGGGCUCUGCGCGCCCCCAGGGGCGGGACUUCCUGGCGGCGACUCGCGCGGAGAGGAGAUGGCCGAGGCGCCGGGCUCGGGGCGCCGCUCGCUAUACAAGGCGACGGGUUCGCCGUCCUGGAAAGAGGCUUUUCGGCAGGGAUGCCUGGAGAGAAUGAGAAACAGCCGGGACAGGCUCCUGAACAGAUACCGCCAGGCAGGAGGCGGUGUGCCAGGGAGCGCUCAGAGCACCCUUCUGGUGCACGAAGUGAUGGAAGAGGAGUGGAGUGCGUUGCGGUCGGUGGAGGGCCGUCCAGAGGCCUCGGCUCAGUUGGAGGAGCCCUUGGACCUGGCUGUGCUCGAGGAGAUCCAGCAGGAGCUGGCCGACCAAGAGCGGAGCAUCAUCGGCGAGUAUGAGAAGAGCUUGCAGUUCGACGAGCGGUGUCUCAGCAUCAUGCUGGCGGAAUGGGAAGCAAACCCCCUCGUCUGUCCUGUGUGCACGAAGUCCAGCCUGCGGGUAGCCAACGGCGUGGUCACGUGUCCGUGUGGCCUGCACCUCUCCAAUCACGUAAGUUCCACACGCGGGUGGCUGUGUCCUCUUUCCGCGCGGACCCGCUUUCUCGGGGAGCCUCCGGGGCUCCCUCCCGGCCCCACGUCCCACUCGACACAGGCCCGGCUGGGAGGCUGGAGCGCGCGGCCGGCUCUGCACCCUCCCCCCAUCCCCCGCAGCCAUUUGCUAAACACAAGGGCCCCGGCGCUCCAGAUCUUUCCGGGAGUGUGCUCGUCUUCCUAGCUCCCGUGACCUCUUACCUGACGGGGACUGAUUUUCAAGCUGUUGACUCUGGGGUAGCCGGAUUGGGUUGUAGCUUACCUUUUUUACUUCCUGGUUUCCGGAGUUGACGGAGCAAAGGCUUCGCACCUGCAUAGAGGACAGCGUGAACGCGCACAGCGCACACUGUGCCCACA